GAACACAAUGGCCACAUUGGUCCCUCCAUCUGAGGUCAAUGCAGCUGCUACCUUCCAAAGCGACUCGGUCAGUUCAUAAUUGAUAACAUUAUUAUGUGAAUUUCGAGGAGACAGUCAAUCGCAGCGUGCUGAGCUGAGACACGUAGUCGACACACUUUCUGGAUCAUACAUCAUCAUCCGUUGCGCGAGGCUACUGGACAGCUGCGAUCAAUACCCGCCUCUCAUCCCUUGAGACAGAUCCCCAUUCCAAUAGGCCGGAGGUCAUCCUCGACACUCGACGAAGUCUAGAUGAAGAGCUGGAAGCUAUCAUGUUGGCCAUGAGCAUUGCUCGAGCGCGGCGCAACUCCCUCUCCCCCAUAUGCCGACUACCUUCAGAAAUCCUCUCCCGCUGCUUCCUGUGGCUUACCUUUAUGGACGAGCCCAAGAGGUCGCCGUAUGGAGUUAUCACUAGCAGCUCCAGCAAGCUUGGCUGGAUGCGGGUUCUGGGGGUCUGCGACCACUUUCGCCAGGUCGCCUUGGCAGACCCGAGACUUUGGACAAGAAUUACUUUCCACGCUGGGCCACAGUGGGCAGCCAAAAUGGUUUCUUGCUCAAAGGCAGCCCCGCUACUCCUCCGAGCUGAGGCUUUACCUUCACAAUGUCGAGAUUUACUCCGCACCAUAGUUUGCGACCACAUAUAUCAUAUCCGAGACCUCUCUGUCGAAGAUGAUCUGAAAUUUCUAUCGUCUAUCGUCGACAUCACCACCCCAGCCCCAAUGUUGGAGACUCUCGAACUCACGAUGACCGUAUCCGGGGGUAUCGACCCUCAUCCGCUAUCCCCCUCGUUAUUCGCUCUCCAGGCUCCCCGUUUGCGCCGUCUCUCUCUCGAAGGUUUCAAACUUCCAUCAGCAGUUUUCCCGCUUCUCCGAACGGUAGUAGAUCUCUCCAUACAACUUCCUCGCUCGUAUCACGGAACAUCAUCUGAAACCCCGGCUAUCCCCUCUCUCGACGAAUUUUUCUCCAUGCUUCAAACUGCGAGCCAUGUCACGAACCUCAGCCUCAGAAACUGCAUUCCUUCGAUACCGAGCGUUUCGGAUCUUCCUGCCAACGCAAAUUCCGUAACGUUCCCGAACCUUCAAUCGUUGUGUCUUGCUACGGGCACGGUGCAAGAUUGCGAUUCCGUACUUCGAUGUCUCAACUUCCCGCCCAGCUCACGACUGCACCUGACGUGCACGCGUCGAGAUCCAUCUAACAUAGCAGCACAAAAGAAAUUACUUUCCACUAUCAGCGCCCAUACCCGCCACACUGCAGCUCCUCGUAUUGCCAAAUUAAUUAUCAAUCCAUACGUCACCAAUCUAACCUUUGAGGUCCGCGCGUGGGAUUCCUCCUCCGAUGGCCUUCACGACCAAUACUACAAUCCCAAACCAGCCAUGUUCUCUCUGUCUUUGGACGACAACUACUCUCAGGAACCUACCUUCGCCUCCAUCGCGACCCUCUUCGAUCUGACCGAGCUGCAUACACUACGCUUAGCGUCGCCGUCACUUGCCUUGGACGUCAGAAAAUGGAUACAAGUCCUCCGGCAUACGAAACAACUCGACCACGUCUCCGUCACCGGUCCUUCGGCCAUCUCCUUUUGCAGCGCUCUCGUAGUUCCUGUUCGCGGAAAGUCCUUGGCUGACGCCCGAGCGGCGCAAAUGUCAACGUCUGGCGGAACCCCGUCAUCGUCGAAGAAGAAAUCGAAGAACAACACUUUGUCUUCCGCAGAAGACUUGUUUCUUCCUGGCCUUACGUCUAUCGAGCUGGAGAAGGUUGACUUCCAAGAAGACACUCCUGGGCUGGAGAUGCCUUUCCAUGUUGCCUUGAAAGCCCUUCUCGCCAAACGUAAAGCUCUUGGAAAACCGAUUGAGCAGCUGGGCAUUUCUUACUGUACCGUGCUCGAAGACUGGGUCCAUGAGCUUAGCCAAGUUGCCACGGUCAAUUGGGAUGGGGAUUGCGGAGAUCUGGAAGAGGACGACGAACAAGACGAGGAAGACGAGGAAGGCGAGGAAGAUGAGGAAGACGAGGACUACGGUGAUGAGGUAUACUAUGAAGAAGGGAUGUAUGUGUACGAGGAUGGUGGGUAUACGUACGACUACGAAGGAGGGAAUUUCUGAUACUCUCGCUCCAUGUGACUUUCUAUCGUGCUUGAACUUCCCUUCUUACCGUCAGCGUUCCACCACAAACUUUCUCUUUAUCGCACUGAGUUCUAUGUCGUCCAAGGCUAUUGUUGCAGAAUUGUGUUGACAUCUGCUUUUGCACCACGCAAUAUACGAACACUGCGGACCUGACUAAAGGUUGAUGGUCCUAUGUCAG